AUGAGUGAUAAUAAAAAAUUAAUUCAAGCAAAACAAUUUAUUGAUAAAGCUAUCGAAUGUGAAAACAAACAAAAGGUAUCUGAUGCAUUUGAUAACUUUCGUAAAGCUGCAAAGUUGGGUGAUGCACAGGCUCAGUAUCGUCUAGGUUGUUAUCAUAUGGGUAACUUUGGUAGUGUCAUUGAAAGUUGGUCUGACAAGUCUAGACAAUUUAGAAAGAAAAAGGGUGAUCGUAAACGUGCACACAAAUGGUUGACUCGUGCAGCAGAUCAAAACCAUGGUGACGCUGUGGCUGUAUUUGGUAUCAGACAUUACAAGGACGGCGACUGUGACUAUCUCAGCCCAAAGAGAGUAUCGUGUAUAUCAAGGUUGAUAUUGACGGACUCGAGUAUUGACACUGGUUAUGCAUUGCUUAACCGUGCGGUGGGACUGAACAGCGCACUCGCCAAGUACUAUCUUGCUAGAUACCACUACCAAUGUGUUGAAAGAGUUAAUUUCAAUACUCAUGGAGCAUCGCUUGACAAGGGAAUGCAAGAUGAUAGAUUGUCAAAACUAAAUACAACCGAGUUUGUUGCUAAUACCGAUACAUGCUUCCAACUGUUAAAAGAGAGUUCAGAGUCAGGUCACAUCAAAUCAAUCUAUUACUAUGGAUUGAUGUGUAAACAAAGAGGUAUGCCAAAAGAGGCAUUUGACAGUUUCCGAGUGGCAUCAGAAAAGGGAGGAUUGUACCUUGCAACUAUCGAGUUGGCCAAUUGUCACUACACUGGUUACUACACCAAUAUGGAUGUUGAAAAGGCAUUUCAACUAUUACUAUCAUGUAAAUCAAAUGAUAGAGCUAUGAAAGGUGGAUUACUCUUGUACCAAAUUAUAAGAAUGUAUGACAAGUUACCACCAUCAUCCUCAUCACUACAACUUGAUGGUAUAGAUGUAGCUGCACUAAGGUUACUUGGAAUGUCAUCAAAAAGUUAUUAUUCUUAUUUUGGAGGUGGAGGAAUCACUUUAUCGCAAGUAUUGGAUAGUCGUACUCAAUUGGCUCAAAAAGACUUUUCAACAGUCCAAAAUAUACGUGAAAAGUUGACAGACUAUAGUUUUAAUAGAGGAUUCAAAUCAGAGUAUUACUUUUUACAUCGUGCAUUUUAUGCAUUAUGUUAUUUGAAUCGGUUCAGUGCGGUCACUCGAAACGACCCUCUUUUCAAUGAUUCAACAAAACGAUUCAAGAAAGUAUUCAAGCAUCUUUAUAUUACAAAUCAAUUCUUUCCAGAGAGAACUGUUCCAAUCGAGUAUUUGUGUGACCUCGCUCAUGCAUAUAUCACCAAUAUAGACGCUCAACAAGCUGAAGAUACACUCCACCGAGCCAUGUCAUGUCACAUACCCGAGGCAUUCUAUAUGUAUGCAUUGACCGAUCUUCCACCCACAUCCAAUACUACAAAGAGAUUAAAGGCACUUGAACAAGCACAUGAAAUGCGUCAUCCUCUUGCCUAUCGACAUUUUUACUAUGAUAUAAUGGGUCGAUCAUCCACUUCAUCUUCCUCAUCCUCUUCUCCUUCAUUUACCGAAUCAUUCCAAUAUGUUUUAAAGGUGGCUUUAGAGACUAGAUCAUCUUUUGCACAAGUUGAUUUGGGUACUUGUUAUAGAGAUGGAUUGGGUGUUUUGAAAGACUUGGAACUCGCAUCACAGUAUUAUAUAAUGUCUGCACAACAAGGAAACCCAGAAGCAAAGUACUUACUUGCAAUGAUGCUUCCUCUAAACCAACCGGAUGAAAAGAAAAGAUUCCUAAAGGAAAGUUUAGAUGGAGGGUAUAUACUAGCAUCGAUACAAUUGGCCGAAACCCAAACCGACCAAAUUCAAAAGGCAAAAUCAUUGUAUCAACAAUUAAAUAAUUCAAUCAAUAUGACAAAUGAAAAGUUUGAUUUAUUAAAGAGGUAUGGAUGUAUACAACAUGUUCAUCAUAUCAUGGCAUUGUUGGCUUAUCAGGUGGCAUUAUCAACCACAGAUAAUGUUUCUGAAGAGGCAUUUAAAUGGUUCAAAAAAUCAAAGGGUGCAGAACAUCGCUCAAGUGGUCAGAGAGAAUUAUCAAUUGCAAGUUAUUAUGCAACCAAGCAAAACUUUAAAAAUAGUAAAUCUAAAUCUGAAAAAUGGUUUACUAAAACCUAUAAUAUCAAUCCUCAAUUAAAAGAAGUAAAGUUGACAGUCUCGAUGAUGAAAUGGGAAAAGUUAAGAAAAUCACCAGACAGUCAAGACAAGAAACAAGUGUUUGGAGAAUUAUUGGAACUUGCAAAAGAAGGAAUUGUAGAGGCUGCACUUCAAGUGACAAAAGAGAUUGUUCAAGGAUUGUACACUGACCAUAGUGCGAGCGGCUCUGAUAUUCUUGGAUAUGCCAAAUUGGCAGCCAAGGAAAAACAAGUGGCCUAUGUAUUGGUAGCAACUAUUUUAUUUAAAGGAAUGGGUGUAGGUGUAGUUAAAGAUUUGGCCGGUGCCUAUGAAUGGUACACUAAAAGUGCUCAGGAAUGUAAUGACGCUGAAUCAUACUAUAUGCUUGGAGAGUAUCAUCAACAUGGUUAUUUGGGUAUUGGUUCAAAUAUUGACAAGGCAUUUACAUUUUAUGAAUUGGCUGCUUCUAGUAAUGACCAUUCUCUCGCAUGCUACAAUCUUGCUUUAAUUUACAUGUAUGGUAAAGGAAAACAAUCGAUCAAUUUAGAAAAAGCAAUUGGUUAUUUUGAAAAGAGUCAUCCUUUAGAAUCAUUGGAAUUUGGUCAAUGUCUAUUACACUACAAUUCAACUCUAACGUCGACGGCAAAUGAACAAACUAUAAAAGUGUUUGAAAGAUCAUUGAAAAUACUCGAAAAGGUUAAUGGGUUGAAACCAGAACUUAAAUUGAUUGGUCAAGAAUACUACAAGUUUGGAGUAUGGUUACAAGACAUUCAAUGUGACGACACAAAAGCAAUGGAAUACUUUGAAAAGGGUCUUGCUACUGGACACGAUCAUUUAGAUACUAUCCAACAAUUGGCAGCAUCGUAUCUUAGGAAUAGUAGGGCAGAAGAUGCACUAUUGUUAUUUAGAAAGGCAUACGAGAAAUACAAUUCAGAAGUAGCUGUCAAAUCAAUAUUUUAUAUUCAUCUUGAAGGUCUUGUAAAGACCACCGAUAAAAUACAACUUUAUAAAUGGGCUGAAAGAGCUGCUAUGAUGUGUAGUGGUGGUGCAUGUCCAUCGGCAAUGAUUUAUAUUGCAACCAAUGAAAAUGGUCAAGGUGUUAGAAUGCAACAAGACAAGGCUAUUGAAUGGCUCACCAAAGCAAAUACCGGUGAAUCAUUAUACCAUAUUGCAAACAUUCACAGUCAUGACAAUGGAGACAAGAAACUUGCAUUAAAGUAUUAUCUAGAUGCAUUUGACAGUGGAUACGAGGCAGUAUCAUGUAUCAUUGCAGAAUACUAUCACCGUGGACAUGUUGACAAGGUUGAAAUUGAAAAAGCAAUUAAAUAUUAUAAAAUUGCAGCAGACAAUAUUAAUGGAGGAGGAGGAGAUAAAGAGUCUAGUUUUCAAGUUGCCAUGUUACUCAAAGACCAAAACAACAACAACAAACUUUGUUACCAUUAUUUUGUAAAAGCAAUGCCAUUGGAAAAAGCAUCAUAUCAAAUUGGAUUGGCUUUAUUGCAUGGGUAUUAUGGUGUUGAUGUAGAUUAUAAAAAGGCUAUAAAACAUAUUCAACAGGCUGUUGAUCAUGGAAUAGUAUCGAAAAUAGAAGCUCUACCUCUUCUCGAGAUAGCUUCUCAAAAACUCAAAGAAUUGGAAAAGAAAAAAGAGGAACAAAGAAAAGUACAAGAAGAACAACGCAGAGAACAAGAAAGAAAGGAUAAGAUUAAAGAACAAAAGAGACAACGAAAAGAACAAGAGAAAAGGAAACAGCAAGAAGAAAAGGAUAGGAUUGUGAAUCGAUACAAACAACAUUCCUCCAACCUAUUUAAUACAAAAGAGUUGGAUCUAAUCUUUUCGACAGAGACUGCUACGUCUGAGAUUGACAAUUUGUGUAAACGUGCAGUCGACCAUUUUUGGGUAUGCAAAAGUGCUACAUACUGUUCCGUCAAUCACGAGCAAACUCUUACCACCUUGUCAGAGAAAUUUGAUAAUCACCAAGUUCACAAAGCUUUGGGUGAAAUGCAUCGUGGUCAUAAUGGUCAUUCGAAAGAUUUACAAAAUGCUAAAUACCAUCAUGCACUAGCUGCAAAUGGUGGUAUAGUAGACUCUAUGUAUUACCUUGCAUUGGUAUUAUUGGAAUUGAAUCAAGAUAGUGAUGCUGCAAAACGAUGGAUGGAAAAGGCAUGCAAAAUGCUCAAUGUAGAUGCGAUGAUGUGGAUGGCCGACCAACACGCCAACGGAACCAAUGGAUACUUAGUAGAUGAAUCUAAAGCCAUUGAUCUCUACACAACAGCCACCAAGACCAAAUCCAACCCCAAAGCCGAUUCCUAUCUAUUUGGUCGAUACUUUCACGGACAAGGGUGUGAAAAGAAUCAUAUCAAAGCAUUCAAAUAUCUCAAUAGAAACUCUCAUUUGCAAGAUGAGCAGGGGAUGAUAGAUUUGGGUGACUGCUACCAAAAUGGAAUUGGAACGGAAAAGGAUUACAACCUAGCCAUGCAAUUUUAUCAAAGGGUACUAGACGCAAAUCCAAACACUGCAUUCAAGGGUCAUAUAUUCAAUCAAAUAGGAUGUAUUUAUUACGCUGGUGGUGGAAGUAAUUAUCAACAAGAUUUCCACAAAGCAAAGGAUUAUUUUGAAAAAUCAUUGGCAACUGGUUAUAAUCCAAAAACAGUUCAAGAUAAUAUUAAUAAUUCUCAAAAUCAAAUUAAUAAUCAUAUUCAACAACAACAACAACAACAACAGCAACAAAGAUAUCAACAGCAACAACAACAGCAACAGCAACAACAAAGACAACAGCAACAACAACAACAACAAAGAUAUCAACAACAACAACAAAAACAAAUGAAUAAUAUGAUGCAUCAAGCAGGUCAUGCAAUGGGAGAUAUGACAGAAAACUAUGUAAACUAUACAAAUAAUAUUAAUAAUUCAAUGGCAUCUGGUAAUUAUGAUAACAUUUUAAAUGAUACUGUUCAAUACAAUAUGGAUCAAAAUAAUGAAAUGAACAAAUUCAUUCAAAGAGGCUACAAAAAUAUGAACUCGAAUCAGAAUGCUCAAAAUAUGUUUAGAACUGCAAAUGCACUAAACAAUGCAAUGUAUAAUAAUUUCCAACAACAAUUUAAUAAUAAUAAUAAUAGUUUUUUUAAUAAAUAA